AUGACUACUGAAAAUACCACCAAAAUAAACUGCAAUCCAAAAGAUCCCUCUAGUCCUUAUUUUCUUAACCACAAUGAUGGUCCAGCAACAUUACUCACUAAUCAUCCCCUCACUGUUGAAAACUAUCAUUCUUGGGCAUGCACUGUGCGUCGUUCCCUGAGAAUCAAGAAGAAACUAGGGUUCAUUGAUGGUACUUUUCUUAAACCUUCCUCCAUGGAUGCCUUGUCAGAACCAUGGCUUGAAUGCAAUGACAUGGUUAUCACUUGGCUCCAAAAUGCGAUGUCCCUUGAAAUCAAAAACAGUGUUGUUUAUGUUGAUACUGCCUAUAAUUUAUGGCUUGAACUUGAGCAACGUUUUGCCCAACAUAAUGGGCCACGCAUUUAUGAAUUAAAACAACUCAUUCACAAUCUCACCCAAGGUGAUGAUUCGGUCAGUCUCUACUUCUCCAAAUUGAAAGGUUUGUUUGAUGAACUUCUUAAUUUUGAGUCUAUUCCAUCAUGCUCAUGUGGUGCCCUGAAACCUAUCCUUGAGAAUCAACAACGUGAUUGGAUGAUGAAAUUUCUCAUGGGACUCCAUGACUCAUUUGGGAACAUCAAAGCUCAAAUUAUCCUACUCAAACCCACCCCAUCAUUAGGUGAAGUUUAUGCUCUUGUUCAACAGGAAGAGAAACGACCUUUCUUCUUGGAGCACGAUUGGGAAGGGUGA